AAUUAUUUGUUAGAUUUUAUUGAUUUUAUUUAUAGAAACAAAUUUUUAGAUUGAAUUUGAUGUCUGUUUUGUUCAAACGAUUGACCCAUCAAUUGGUGAAGAGAUCAACUAAUGAGAGACAUAUCUGGGGAUGGCUUAUGAAUGUCUUCAACAGACCAGACCCGCAACGUAUUGAAGCGGUCGGAGCCGACAGAGCGGCCGCCGAAUGGUUGAUCAAGAAUGGAGCGGCGGUUAAGUGGACUAACGGUAAUAAUUGGGUUAAAGAUUAUAACAUAUUAGCCACUGAAGACAUGCAAAGAAAGAUUAAAGAGAUCGACGCCACGGACUCUGCAAUUUCACACAUAGGCUUUAGUCAUCUCAAUGGUCUCCAAGAACUCGACAAAUUUAUUAUUGCCAACAAUGGUUACAUUGAGGACUCGGCUAUUGAAAUGUUAGGCAUUUGUAAACAGGGUUUAAGACAUUUGGAGAUAAUUAGUUGUAUUGGAGUUACAGAUAAGGGAAUCCUUUCUUUGACACAAUUAGAAAAUCUAAAAUAUCUCAAAUUAUUUGAUUUGCCGUCAGUUAAGGACAGAGACGUAUGUCUUAAUUAUCUGAAAAGUCGUCUCAAAUGUGAAAUCAAUUGGAAAGAAGCGAAACCAAAGAAAUUAAUUUAAUUAAUGGUUUUUUAAUGGAUUAAAACAAUAAUAAAAACCACUCAUUAAAGCUAAUAAUAAUAAUUGAAUGCAAUAAAAAUAUAUAAUAUAAUAAUUUUGCGGCAAUUAGUGAAAGCAGCAG